CCAUCCGCACCGGCAGAACCCCUCGCCGUCGCCCGUUUCGCGCUCGCGCGUCGAUUUGGCGGCGGCGCGACUCCGCAUCCCGCACCGCCGAGUGGCCAACGCCGGCCGGCCGGCCGGGCUAGCGCGCGCGGCGCCGUGUUCGCCCGACCUCGUGGGGAAAUACGGAGGCAAAGAGCCAAGCAAAACUCGUGCAACCCCUGCCGCAACCAAAGCCGCCGCGAUGAGGAGGCGCCCAGAUCCCCGUCUCGUCCGGUCCCUCGCCACUGCCUCCACCUCACCCGCCGCGCCAACCCCGCCCCCGGCCUCGAAGCCGCCCCGCCCCGCCGCGCCGUUCCUCGCCGUGCUCCUGCGCCGGGGCCGCGCGGUCGCCGCGUCGCUCCUCAACCGCCGCCUCCGCGCGGCGCCCGCCCCGGAGGCCCGCGCCCUGCUCUCCGCGCUCCCGUCCGUCCGCGACGCCGUGUCCUACAACACCGUCCUUGCCGCGCUCUGCCGCCGCGGGGGCGACCUCCCCGCGGCGCUCUCCCUCCUCGGCGACAUGUCGCGGGAGCCCCAGCCGGGCGCCCGCCCCACCGCCGUCUCCUACACCGCGGUCAUGCGCGGGCUCUGCGCGGCGCGGCGCGCGGACGAGGCCGUCGGCUUGCUCCGGACCAUGCAGGCCCGCGGCGUCCGUCCCGACGUCGUCACGUACGGCACGCUCAUCCAGGGGCUGUGCGACGCCGCGGAGGUCGACGGGGCCGUGGAGCUGCUGAAUGAGAUGUGCGGCAGUGGUAUCGAGCCGAACGUGGUUGUGUACAGCUGCUUGCUGCGGGGGUACUGCAAGUCCGGCCGGUGGCAGGACGUAGGCAAGGUGUUUGAGGAAAUGUCCCGGCGGGGGAUUCAGCCGGAUGUUAUCAUGUUCACUGGUUUAAUCGACAGCCUGUGUAAAGAGGGGAAGACAGGAAAGGCCGCAAAGGUGAAGGACAUGAUGGUGGAGCGGGGCUUGGAGCCAAAUGCAGUGACAUACAAUGUGCUAAUCAAUUCCCUGUGCAAGGAAGGAUCGGUGAGGGAGGCAAUGACACUAAAGAAGGAGAUGGUACAAAAAGGGGUGGCGCCGGAUGCUGUGACAUACAACACCCUGAUUGCUGGUCUUUCUGGCGUGCUCGAGAUGGAUGAGGCAAUGGGAUUGCUUGAGGAGAUGAUCCAAGGUGAUAUUGUGGUUGAGCCUGAUGUGUUCACGUACAACUCGGUUAUACAUGGACUAUGUAAGAUUGGUCGGAUGUUCCAAGCAGUCAAAGUUCGUGAGAUGAUGGCUGAGAGGGGGUGUCUGUGUGACUUGGCGACCUACAAUUGUCUGAUUGGUGGAUUCCUUAGGGUCCACAAAGUUAAGAUGGCUAUGAUGCUAAUGAAUGAGCUGGCUAGUUCUGGAUUGAAUCCUGAUUCAUUCACCUAUAGCAUUCUGAUAAAUGGCUUCAGCAAGAUGUGGGAAGUUGACCGUGCGGAAAAGUUCUUGUGUACAAUGAGAGAAAAUGGCUUAGAACCUGAGCUAGCUCACUAUAUUCCUUUGCUUGCAGCUAUGUGUCAACAGGGAAUGAUGGAGCGGGCUACCAUUUUGUUCAAUGAAAUGGAUAAGAACUGCAGGCUUGAUGUUGUCGCAUAUAGCACAAUGAUCCAUGGUGCUUGCAAAUCUGGGGAUAAAAAAAUGGUUAAACAAUUGAUUAAAGAUAUGCUUGGUGAGGGUCUGACUCCUGAUGCCGUGACAUAUUCUAUUAUAAUCAACAUGUUUGCAAAAUUUAGUGACCUAGAAGAAGCCGAGAAGGUUCUUAGACAGAUGACUGCGAGUGGCUUUGGACCUGACGUUGCUGUUUUUGAUUCACUGAUCAAAGGUUACAGUGCUGAAGGCCAGAUAAACAAGGUUCUGGAAUUAAUUAGUGAAAUGAGAGCCAAGAAUGUAGCUCUUGAUUCUAAAAUUAUAUCUACUAUUGCCACUUCUCUGACAGAUGAACAUAAAAAAAUGCUACUGGAGGUGCUACCCGAUUUCUCUAAAGAACUGUUGCAAGGCAACACCGCCCCAGGAGUUCAUGAACUCACUAUGUAAAUGAUGCCCUGCACUUUGAACCUGGUGUCUCUGGAUGAACCCGAAUCCAUGUUCUUGUGUACAGAUAGCCUGCAUAUUUGAAGGCUAAUGUAUGUGUGCCUAUGUUUGAUGUUCUGUUCAGUUCACUUUACAUGAUUUAUCUGUGUGAAGUUGAGGUGGCAAUGACCCUAGAUUUGUUGUUAGUGGUACUGGUGGGUCUCAAAAAAUUGCUUAUCGCACAUUCGUUUUUUAGUGUACAGAUGCUGGCUGUAUCAUUUAGUCAGGCUGCCGCCAGUGGUAUGUGAGAGAAACUGUUGUAAUUUUGAAGUCUGGGCUAACUUGGUUGUCAAACCAUUAGAGAGGUAAUCCUAUAAAAGCUAGUUCAGUUGGGAGAACUCAUUUCUGUAGCAUCUCUUUGAUGGCGGAUACAUUUUAAGCUCUGUCUUUUUGUUCUUCAAUCUCCAAUAUGAAAUUUUGAUCUCA